AACACCACAGCACCAGCUCCCGCCACAACCCAGGUGUCCAGCCCAGCGCUGGUGACCACCACAACGACAACGGCUACCACAGCACAGAGCAGCAGCCCAGCACCUUAUUUUUGUGGUGGCUCAGUCUCAGAUUCCUCUGGGGUGCUGCAGAGUCCCAACUAUCCUGGAAAUUAUCCGAACGACGCUGACUGUGUAUGGGAAAUUCAAGUACGGAACAAUUUCCGUGUAACGCUCACAUUUAGAGACAUUGUGAUGCAAAGCGGGACGUGCCAGCAUGACUACAUUGAAGUCUAUGAUGGACCUGUCCACUCUUCCCCUCUUCUUGGGAGAUUCUGUUCUGGUUCCUUUCCCACAUACGUGUCCUCUUCAAACAUGAUGAGUGUUUGCUUCCACAGCGACUCCAGAUACUCCUUCAGAGGGUUUCAGGCUCACUACUCCUCCAUUCCAGCAAGUCACAACACCACCAUUCAGUGCUUGCCAGACUACAUGCACGUGGUGGUCAGCAGACGCUACCUCCAGUCUCAGGGCUACUCAGCACGGAGUGUCACCCUGAGCGACAACCGCUGCAGACCGACUGUCACGGCACGGGAGGUUGUGUUCAACAUUCCCUACAGCGGCUGUGGGACCGUACAAGAGGAGAACAACGACACAAUCAACUACUCCAACACCAUCAGGGUUGCAUCUUCCGGGUACAUCAUCAAGAGGAAAAAGAACAUCAACUUGCAUGUCAGCUGCAAGAUGCUGAGGAAGAGCUGGCAGCAGGUGAUGUACGCUGCUGAGGACACUGUGGAUGUGGACGAGUACCAGUUUGGAAGAUACGACAUGAACAUCACCUUCUACGAUUCCCCGGCGUUCCUGCGGCAAGUGCGCAGCUCUCCCUACUACAUCGACCUCAACCAAAACCUGUACCUCCAGGCUUGUCUCCACAGCUCGGACCCAAACCUGAAGGUGGUCGUGGACACGUGUGUGGCAUCCCCUGACCCUCGUGAUUUUAACACACAGGCCUAUUACUUAGUCAGGAAUGGGUGUCCCAGAGAUUCUUCCUAUGCCACAUACUUCUCCCCUUCCAGCCACUUUGCUCGGUUCAAAUUCAAUGCCUUUGAGUUCAUGAGCCGGCAGCCGUCGGUGUACCUCAAGUGCCAGAUGCUGGUCUGCAGGCUCGGGGACCGCUCCUCCCGCUGCUACCGGGGCUGCAGCUCCAGGGCCAAGAGAGACACCAGCUCUGCUGAGGAACCCGUGGAAGUGGUGGUUGGGCCCCUUCAGCUCCGAGAAGGGGAUGCUCCGAGGGGGAACACCGGGAAGGACCAGUAAAUUUCUCUCACGUUCGCUCUAGGAUGACCAACGGGCCUCGAGAAAAGGCACAGCUCUGUCGCCUGUCACUGAAAUCUGCUUUUGACAACUUUGCCCUAAAAAGGAUCAACACUUUGCAAGCUUCUGCUUUCACCCUUUUCAAUUUUAUUUUUUAAAGGUGUAACUUCUCUGGCUGUCCCAAAGGAGAGUUGCCUGUAAUCCCUUUUAGUGCUAUAACUCCUUGAAUUGUGCUAAUUAGCUCCAGUCUGAUUGUGAAUUUGAUGGCACUUGGGGAUAUUUUUUGUUGGUGGACUUAUCUGUGCUAGUUUAAUGGCAGGACUCGAUAACCUUAAAGGUCUUUUCUAACCUAAAUGAUCCCAUGAUUCCAUGAUAGCCAUCUGGGAGCAAAUUCCCAGCUUUCCUGAGAAAUAUUUCAUUCCCUCAGUUGUUUCUGCUUAUGAAGUUUACUUAGUUGAGUUGUUAUCCCUGCUAAUAUGAAGCCUGUCCAAAUAGUUGAAAGCAAUGAAUCUGUGAGUUUGCUUAUUUCUGACUUUGAUCUGGGAGCCAUCCCUUUAAUACUGGAGAUCUUUGUGCCUUGAUCUUCAAUAUGCUGAAAUCAAACCCUAAAAACUUUCACUCAUAGGGCUGGGCUCCUCUAGCAACCAGAAUUGUGGCUAUACAAUAUUCUAAUUGAGUAUUGCUUCUAGUGCUAUAUUUCUUAUUGAAACAAUAAUGGGUCUGUGCUUAUUUAUAAAAUGCAGAGAUUUCCAAGCUAAAAUUAAUCUGUUCUGUGAGCAGUAUAAUUUAUAAUCGAAAGAAGGAAUGUUUACAAAGCAAUAAAUCUAUUUUGACUCUCAAA